UAAAUCCAAAUCACUACGCGCAUCGAAACGGCCGCCAUCUUUGCAUCCAGUAUCGCAGUCUUUACAGCCACAAUUUAAAUCUGCGAUCAUCGGCGUGCAGGCGACCGUAUUUACGUGGAAAUUAACAAAUUUGAUUAAAGUGAUAUACUGUAAUGGCUGAUGCAGACAAAUUAAAUAUAGAUAGUGUAAUUGCACGACUAUUAGAAGUUCGCGGAUCAAGACCAGGAAAAAAUGUUCAAUUAACAGAAGGUGAAAUCCGGGGUUUAUGCCUGAAGUCAAGAGAAAUAUUUCUAAGUCAACCAAUUUUAUUGGAAUUGGAAGCACCACUUAAGAUAUGCGGUGAUAUACAUGGUCAGUAUUAUGAUCUGUUACGGUUGUUUGAAUAUGGAGGUUUCCCACCAGAGAGCAACUACCUGUUCCUGGGAGAUUAUGUUGACCGAGGCAAACAAUCCUUAGAAACGAUAUGUUUAUUAUUAGCUUACAAAAUAAAAUAUCCUGAAAAUUUUUUCCUGUUAAGAGGCAACCAUGAAUGUGCAAGCAUCAACAGAAUAUAUGGAUUCUAUGAUGAAUGUAAAAGACGGUACAACAUUAAAUUGUGGAAAACAUUCACAGAUUGUUUUAACUGUUUACCCAUUGCUGCCAUAAUUGACGAGAAGAUUUUCUGUUGCCAUGGAGGAUUAAGUCCAGAUUUACAAUCUAUGGAACAGAUUAGAAGGAUUAUGAGACCUACAGAUGUACCAGAUCAAGGCUUACUAUGUGAUUUAUUAUGGUCAGAUCCAGAUAAAGAAACAAUGGGCUGGGGGGAAAAUGAUAGAGGGGUAUCAUUUACUUUCGGUGCAGAGGUGGUGGCCAAAUUCCUGCACAAGCAUGAUCUCGAUCUUAUAUGCAGAGCUCAUCAGGUAGUAGAAGAUGGUUAUGAAUUCUUUGCCAAACGACAAUUGGUUACAUUAUUUUCGGCUCCUAAUUAUUGUGGAGAAUUUGACAAUGCUGGAGCAAUGAUGAGUGUUGAUGAAACGUUAAUGUGCUCUUUCCAGAUCUUGAAACCAGCCGACAAAAAGAAAUUCCCAUACGGAGGAUUAACAGCAGGCAGGCCUGUGACACCUCCGCGAGGAAACACGAAGGCUAAAGGAAAGAUGUAGUGCAUAUCACAAAUUUUAGGAAAUAAGGAUCGUUACUCUAGUUGUAAUGAUUGAAAUUUUAAAGGAAGUGAAAAAAAAAAAUAAUUCUUGCUCUUGCUCAUACAGACUCUGGGCAUACAUAGCAGACAUGAUGUCCUAUAAAAACUAUAGACUUGUAAAUAAUUUGUUAUCGAUAAAUUUAUAUAUUAUGUACUUUUUGUGUGUGUACGUACAUUAACGACAAAAUAACUACACAUGUCACCCGUAAUAUUCAGUGCUGUAUAAAGAUGUCAAUUGUAAAUGUUCUCUGGAGGUGACAUGAAAUUGAACUCUGAAAAAAAAAAAAAUUACAAAAGUAUCAAAUUAAAUUGAAGGUAUUUGUAAAUAUAUUUGUUGUAUUCCCCCUUCUUCCCCAAACCCCCCUUCCCUUCAGCUGCUUCACUGAUCAAAAAUGUCUGCUACUGUAUUGUACAAUAACAUUCUGUUCGUUUUCCUUUCAAAACAUUCAAAUUAUUUUUUAACAUGGCAAAUUUGUAUGCAAGUCAUUUUCAUUUUAACACAAUAUUGUAGUAUAUGUAUUUGUAUCAUAUUAAAUAAAUUGACUGUAGAUAUUAAAUAAUGUGGACAUUUAUAAAAUAAUUUUAUAAUAAGCCCCGAAGAACCCACACCCAUGAAUCUGGCACUCCUUCCCCUCAAGUCAGUGUGUCCAUAAUUAUUAUUCUUUAUUUGUAUGGUGACUGUAAAUAAACAAAAAAUAUCUGUU